AUGACAGCAAUGAAGCCCAUCCUUACCCCAACAUUGCUUGCCGCUAUUCGAAAACAACCAAAUCUUCCACGUGAUACAUGGUACUUUGUCACCGCUACCACUCUAUCGGCCCUCAAUAGACCGGACGAGCUACCAGAGGUUUUCAAGAAUGCCAUAGGGGAAGGCUCAGAAACUACUGGGAAUGGUAUUCCGAGCCGGGACGAUCAGUUGCGCAUCUCUAGACGUCUCAGAGAAGCCCUCUUGAAAGCUUCUGCCGUGGGAGGCAUGCCCAAGUCGAUUAAUGCUCUGAUGUCUCUCAAGUCCGCAACCCCUGAAUACCUACUAGACGAACCAGGGAUGGGCACAUCUCUCAGACACAAGGACAUACACGAUACUGCGCCAGCACAAGUGCUCGGGCGAGGACAAGCCUUCUUCGAUGCCAUAUAUGGUAAGAUUUCCAGACGUAUAAUGGGACAACUAGACCAGUCAGGUGCGCCAGACUUGGGCUUGCUGGCGAGGUUGACAUAUGGGUAUGUACUCAGCAACACUGAUGUGCUUACACCAGCCGAAACCUCAUUCGUACUCAUUGCUAGCCUCAUUCCCCAAGAUGUGAACCCUCAAUUGAAGGGGCAUUUGCGGGGUGCAUUCAAUGGAGGUGCCAGUGUAGAUGAGGUGAGAGCCGUGAGAGAUAUAGUUAUUAAGAUUUGUGAAGCCUCAGGAAUGAAGAAGCUUGAAGAGAAUGCCAUUGGGGGAUGGGGUUGGAGAAGUGAAGUUGCGAAUGUAUAG